UAGAGGAAUAUCUAGGUUAGUGUAUUCUUCUCUGUUCAGUGACGUAUAGGUUGUGUUUUAAAAUGGUAAACAGGUACAGUGUCAGCUGAUUUCCUGGUGACUGGUGUUAUUGUUUAUAGUUUUUGUUGUACUUAUAAAUAAUUAAAAGAAAUGGAGGUCAAGCAGAAAAUUGAUUCCUUAGUGAAAAUGUUCUUACUUAGUAAUGUGGUCCUAAAAGACGAAGAAGAUUUUAAGAACAAGUUGUCUACCAUAGUCACCGAUGGAGUCGACAACCUCCAAUUCGUCGCGGACUUCGAUGACACACUCACCAAACACACCGUAAAUGGCAAAAAGACCUUCAACUCCUUCGAAAUCUUCUGCAAAACGAAGACGCUGUCUCAGUCCUUUCUCGAUCGAGGAACAGAACUGUUCGUUAAUAUGAAACCGUUGUUAAACAAACACGAUCUGACCAAGGAAGAGCAACAACAAGUGGACGAUGUGUUGGAGAAAAUUAUUGCUCUUGUUGUGGGAGAGAAAGUGAACAUCGAGGAUGUGUACGAAUGUGUAGAUCAGGUGAACACCCCUCUCAAGGAUGGAUGUAGAGAGACACUUUCUCUUCUCGCCAGUCAUCGAGUGCCAAUCAUCAUAGUUUCUGCCGGCUCGGGUGACGUCAUCAAUUACCUGGUCAGAGGCUACGGAGCAAGAGUUGUCGCCAAUUUCUAUAUAUUUGAUGAAGGUCGAAUAACUGCCUAUGUGAGGCCUUGGGUGGGGCUUUAUAACAAAAACCAACGCGCGCUGCCCGUAGACGAUGAUAGACAUAAUAUAGUGCUGUUGGGAGACCAUACUUGGGACUCAAAAAUGGCUGAUAAUGUUCCUAAUGUGAAAAACAAUACUAAAAGUUGGAUUCUUCUAUGGUAAUGAUGAGAUGAAGAUGAGACGUUACCUCGAACAUUACGAUGUUCUUCUGUUGAAUGACGAGUCCACUGAUAAGAUUAACGAUAUGUUCAGGUUAGUGGCUGGAAUUUCG